CUCAUACAACCAGCUGUUCAACAGUCUGAGCCCUGUCUACAGCAGCAAAACACAAGGUGAGGUGGGGAAAAACACAGAUGAGCUUUUACCCACAACAACAGCCCAUCAUGACCCAGACAUAGAACAAUAUGAUACGAGUCUUCCAUCUGAACCUUCACAUGAAAUGUUAGACAGAUCAUAUUUAUGGAAUGCCUCCAUUUCAGCACCAAAACGUUCCCAGAGUGUCCGUGUUCAUUACUUUCCCUACUUUUCCAAUCCAUCUAUCCGCACUCCCUUCUCUGCUGAGUACACAGGUAGUUGUAAGAAGACAGGUGACGCCCAACAGACAGGGAAGGAAGAGUUGAAUGAACACAUAAAUGAGCCAUUCAUACAGCAUUUAGGAAGUCAAACUUCCAUCUCCGAUAAACCAACUGCAGAAAAGAAGUUUUCAGAGGAGGGUGUUUGGGAUCAGCUGCCAAACAAACAUGUUCGCAGUUUGCCUCGAAUGUCUUCCUCAGCUUCUGCCUCUUCCUCCUGGAGUCUUCAUGAUGAUAGCAGGCAUAUAUCUGGGAUAGGUUCUAACCCUCCGCUUCCUCCUCCCCCACUACCAUACAUGCUCCCCUUCCUUGCCCCGUCUGUACGUAAUAAUGCUAGACUUCAAUCUGAACUAUCACCUGAUUCAUCACGCUUCUACAAUCUCAACAGCUUGAGACCUGAUCUCAGUUCAGCACCAAGAACAGCAGACUGCUACUCGACUAUUGUUGGUAAUAACAUGUUCUCACUGAGUAAUAUAACUUAUGGAAUGAUAAGGACACAGGCUGACAGGUCAUCUGACAUGUUAAAAAACAUCUAUGGGGAGUCUAAACCUGUUCACACCUCUGCAGCAGAUGCUACGCUGGGAGUCAAUCAAGAUAUUACCAGGGAAUUGAUACAAGCAUAUGGAAAAGCUCAUUUUCUUUCAGCUCCAUCACCAGUACCAGACCAGAUAUUGCAGCUUCCAAACAAUAAAGACACAGAAGAUGGUGGCCCCAGACUUAGUAACUCUAGUUUUACUGUAAGUCCACAAAACAGGCCUGCAGUCCUCCAGGAAGACGAGUUGGGAGAUGACAGUGAUGUCCUGGUGGAAACAGCUGUUCCAGCUGUGAACUGCUCAGUCACAAACACCCAGCCGACUCAUCCUCCCCUCCAAACCUCCUCCAGCUGUUUGCGUCGUUCUCACAGCGUUCCCUCACUGAGUCUAACAACCUCUGCAAAGAACAAGACCUUCACCCGAUCAAAGAGCUUACCUGACCUGCUGUUCAAACCCAGCUGUGAGGAGUUCACCCCUGAUAUCACUGUUGAUGAAAACGAUGAAACCUACAGGUUCCAGUGCUCCUGCCCAGGCCUGUACCAGUGCAGUGUGACAGGCCUGCUGUUCCACAUGGAGGGAGAAGGGGACGUGGUUUACAGGAUCGUCCCCUGGAACAGGAGGCUACUGGCCCGACACCACAAGCAGCCUGCAGGACCCCUGUUUGACAUCAAAUGUCUGCAGCAGUCUGUGUGUCGGCUUCAUCUCCCACACUGUGAGAUCCGCUCCACAGGUGGAGGUGAGUUCUUGUCAGUCGCUCAUGUGAACGACGAGGGCAUCGAGUUUAUCGGCCCUCAGAAGAUCACAGAAACUCACGUUGUUAUAAACAUCACAGGGUUUUCUGGUUUCGGUAAUGUCAAGGAUGAAGACUCGCCGGCUGACCCGGUCCGAGCGCUGGUUCUGCUGUUCUACAGGCCCCCGGCUGAUCCCGACGCUGAAUCCCUCCUCAACGUGUUGCUGCUACCGAGGAACGUGGUGCUCCGGGAUGUGCUGCGCACCAGGAAGAAAUUAGUUGGAGAUGAGAGCUACAUAGAGACGUCCCCACACUGUAAACUGCAGCCAAAGCAGGAAUACACACUGUCCACUUGUCCUGCAGAGGACUCAGUUCUAGUUCAACCAACAGAAGCAGAGUUUGACUGCGACAACUACGACAACUACUUCCCAUCAUUCCAGGUGAUUUUAGAGACAAUGAGGAAACACGUGAAGCUGUUUCUGAGAGACACCAACAGCUCCCACAGUGUCUGGGAAAGACGAGUUUGUCUCACUGGAGUAAAAAGGUCCUGUGGGCCGAGCGCUCUGAAUCUCUCUUCAGAUAAGAGGCUGUUGGACAUACGGAGCAGCUUCAUCGAGGGGAUAUCAGGACCGGUUCUCACAAGUCUGCUGGACAAACUGUUUGAGAAAACGGUGAUAGCUGAAGCUGAGAGGGAGUCAGCGGACGAGAUGCAGAACAGAAGAGACAAAGCUCGUUUUGUUAUCGACUCAGUGAGGAAGAAAGGUGACGCUGCUAGUUCAGAGAUGAUUGAGUUCCUCUGUGAGGCCGACCCCUUCCUCUGUGAACAUCUCGGGCUGAUCUGAAGACAAAUCAACAGGUGAUGCAGAACAUGUUGACCUGGUGGCCAGAACCUGAUCAUCCUGUAACUCCCACAAAAUACUUUUAACUGGAUCAUUCACUGUUUUGAUCUUGAGUAGUUUGCCUUGACUUAUUGCUUGAAAUGUUAAAUUACAGUUUUCCAAGUAGGUUUUUUUAUAUUUGACAAAAAUAUGGGAACCUAUUGUGAAUCCAUUGAAUGUAAAUUAAUUUAGUUUGGUUUGUUGUAAUUUCUAAUGUAACAUUUGUGGCCAAUUGUUUCUAUAAAUGAUUCUC